AUGUCCCAAUCCAAUGAGUCUCUACGUUCUAUGGAUCCGUCGAUAUGCACCAAGCGACGCAAAACUGAAGAAGUCAAGCCUCCUCCAAGACAAGUCGAUGCACAUAUCCGAGCCUUUAUAAAUGCUGUUAUCACGAGUGCGCAGAAAUCUACUGACUCGUCUACGAGUACAAAGAGCAAGCUAGCUUCUGUCGUAGGCAAGUCGUUUGUUAAACGCAAACGAAAUGUCCCUCGUCGUGACGCCUCAACCCAGACAGAGGAGGAAGAUUUUAUUGAACCGCCAACUCCAGUGCCUCAACCUCCUCCCUCACCCACUGCCCUCCUGUCCGAAAAUGCGGCUGCCUACUACGCGUCUACCGCCACCAGUGAGGGCCCCUUCUCUCUCAACGCCGGGCCUUCCAACACAGAUCUGCAAUACUUCGCGUCCAACUCCGUCUCCAAAAUCUCCUCCUCAGAGGUGCGUCAGCUCCUCACCAAUUGGAUGCAACAGUACGAACAGUGGUUCUACCAGAAUUUUGGCGUCGACGUCAAUUCAGUCCCUACCGAAAUACACACAGCUCAUACUCCUGCACCGCCUCCCCCUCCUCCUCCUCCACCACCACCACCGCUCCAACAAGAUUCUGACAGUGAUAGGGCUGUCGCCUGUCAAACGCCCUUCCGUAUCAGCUCUGGGCCGGUUAUGUAUCCUCAACCGCUAAUCUACGCUCCUGCGAGCAUGAACCCUCUAGCUUCGAUUUUAUCGUCUCAAGUAGCCGCACAGAACUUCCUUUCCAGGUAUAUCAUCACCCAGCAGACACAGCAACAGGAACAGAUAAUGGCAGUUGCUGCAGCAGCUGCUUCCGUGGCAGCGCUGCCGACACCCCUAGUGUGCCUUCCUCCGGCCAAACCUCGUCCUACGGUUGCUCCUGUCCCGGUAGCUGAGGCGGACGCGGCUGCUGGGAUCGAUCUGAAAGUGGCCGAAUCGCUGGAGCUCUGUGGUCCUGUCACCCAGUACGGCGCCUAUGGGAUUUUGCGACCCUGCCCCCUCGACGUGAUGGAUACGCAGAACAGCAACGGCCACAGGGGUGGGACUCAGGAAGGUGGGGAGGAACUGCCGAUCUACAUCACUCCUGAGGACUAUCGCAACAGGCCGCACUCUUGGAUGCCGCCUCCACCACCCACUGUGUUGUUAAUAAGGAAACAGACUCUGCUACAAAUUCGCAAGAAGGCGCAUGAAAUAGACGUGCGGAAGGCGUCCGCCACCAAGGCUCCCGUCAACAUUGACUACGUUGCUGCUUUAGAAAGCACGGUGGAGAAGUACGUCAAGGUCAAAGUCACCUACGUUUUCAACCGGAUCAACCGCCUCCCCACCAAAGCUCAGACACCCUUCAUUUGUGGUCUUAAGCACGUCGUUUUGGAGUCUCCUUCCAUUGAAAAAGAGUCAGUGCUACCAUUACCCCCGACUCAGUCCCCGGUAACGGCAGAGAAUACUAACUGCGAGCCAGAAGAGAAUAUCGUCGGCGUGACAAACAAGCCACCGUCCUCUAAUUCCUUGGACAUCGAUGAAGAGGACGCAAUUGCUGAUAGUGGUGGAGAGGAGGGGGAAGAGGAUGUGGAGAUAGAUGCAACCUGCGAGGAGCACUCCAAAGCUAUGUACAUAUGCGAUCUGCUCAUCGGUGAUAUUUUCAUCUGUCAGGCCCUUGCCGACUGCAAACUCCAGGCCAAAGCAUGUGCCGCGCGAGAGGCGCUGGUGCUUCUCUCAAGGCCCAACUUCCUCGUAGGCGGGGUUCGAACCUGGUACGGUAGCGAAGCCGGCUACAGUGGCGUUGACUACCUGACCCUGUGCCUCAGCCCCAAAGCGGAUCAGGUGCCCCAGCUAACUCCCUUUCUGGCCGACCCACUGGUGCCCAUCCCCUCCGACCAGCCGGUUAACCCCGGGGACCCUGCGGAGAGCUACAGAGUCUGCAACCCAAAACCAUUUCACGACCUCUGGCUCUACACCGCCCUCCCUAUCGCUGUCAAUGUUGACAACGCGUUGGUACCGGAGCAGUUUCUGGCUCAGUCGGCGGAAUUCAGCCAAAUGACGGUGAAUUUUGAGGUGGAGUUCGACUCCGCCAAGGGUGUCUUCACAGCCUUUGGGCUAGUGGACGCGCAGCGCUGCGUCAAGGCGACCGCUAUCAACGUUGCCAUAGCCCGCGCCAACGCCGCCUCUCGCCUCCUACGACGACUAAAGACCUCACAACCGGUCGUCGGCCUCUUGCUUCCUCCCCCCGAUCCCGGAGAUGAGGAACUGGUCGGUCCACGAAUUCAAGACGACGAGGACUCAAUGCACCCGCUGUGGGGUCUGACGGAGGCCAGCAUUGUAGAUAGUCUGAUGUGGGGCAAGCACGAGAAACAAUUCGCCCUCCCUAUCGAGCAUCUGGAGGCACAUUGUGAAAUUUUUGGCAGUUCUUUUCUCAACAUGGAUUUCUUGCCAAACUCCGUUUUGUUAGAACUUAAUAAUCUCGCUUCCUCUUCCAACAUUUGCUUAGCCGCUAACAGGAACACAGAUCCAGAGUUUGCCGUAGCAGGAAGUGGUUUCUUCACCUCCCAUGAGCACCUGGAGCAGUACCUGGAGGCGUAUGCGGCCUCAGCACUGGUGACCCCGCUACGCAUAUCACUGCGCGCCCUCCCCCACGCUCUGUGGCAUUUUGCACGCACCGCAGCGCACUCCUGGGGCCUCCUCACUCGUAUCGAAUUCGAGGUGCCGGAACAUUUGAACACCGCCUUCCUCCUCGUCUGCAAGCGCGCACCUCUGCCGCGUCUCAAACGCACUCUCUUUGAGCGCACUGAGGUCGGUGUCUUCUAUCUUCUCUCCCGCGGCGAUCUACCUCCUCCCGCUCUCCGCAGUCUCUCCGAGGCGGACCUCCUUGAUGCCGAACCGGCCUCUGCUCCGACCUCUCCUUCCGCCGUUUAUCCCCCAACACCGUUAUCGGAUCCAUUCAACCAAGAGGAUGACGAGAUGGGGAUGAACGACUCACUCACUCGCAUGGCACGCACUUUCCAUGCCACGGCGAUAAAACAUGAGGCGUCAGACACAGUAGCGGCAGGAGCGGAAGUACCGGAAGCGGCGGACUUGAUGCUGGUUUCUGCAGAACUCAAUCAGCCCUCCAACGCCGUGGAGAUCCUCGACGACUUGCCGCGGCAGCUGAUUCCUGGCAUCGAUUUUUAG